AUGACAGACUUCGACAUCAAGAAGACUUAUCUCAAGUUCUUGGAGGAUGACCAGGAGAUGACGAUGCCCAUAGCGGCGAUCGAGUCGCUAGUGACGCUGCUGAAGGUGAAGCAGCCCUCGACCUCCACGGAGCUCAUCACGCUGUUACAGGACGCCACACGGGACCUCAAGCAGUCCAUUCCGAACGCUGUGUCAUUGUCUGCCGGGUGUGACCUGUUCAUGAGGUUCGUGCUGAGAAACACACACCUGUACCAUGACUACGAGAGCUGUAAGAAGCACCUUGUUGAGAACGGCCAGCUGUUCCUGGAGCGGUCCAAGGCGUCGAGAGAUAAGAUCGCAGAGAUCGGCUCCAAGUUCAUCACGGACGACGACACCGUGCUGGUGCACUCCUUCUCGAGAGCGGUGUACUCGCUGCUGAGCCACGCGGCAGACCGCAAGAUCAGGUUCAGGGUCGUGGUCACGGAGGCCAGACCAACGUUCCAGGGUGAGCGCAUGGCCAAGUACCUCAGGGAGAAGAACGUGCCCGUGAGCCUGAUCGUGGACUCAGCAGUCGGCUUCGUGAUACACAAGGUGGACAAGGUGCUUGUGGGCGCCGAGGGCGUUGCCGAGAGUGGAGGCAUCAUCAACCACGUUGGCACAUAUCAGAUCGGAGUGUUGGCGAAGGCCGCCAACAAGCCAUUGUACGUUGUUUCAGAGUCCCACAAGUUCGUCAGAAUGUUCCCGUUGGCUCCAGACGACAUCCCAACGGACCACGACCCUUUACGCCACUUCUCCACGUCGAACGACGACCAGGUGUGCUCGCCAUUGAUCGACUUCACUCCUCACGAGUUCCUCACGGCGUUGAUCACGGACCUGGGGGUGCUGACACCGGCUGCCGUGUCUGAAGAGCUGAUCAAGAUGUGGUACGACUAG